GAAGGGUCCAGACCGAGCAAGCCGAGCGACGAACUCAGCUGAUGCAACCUAACUGGACCCGCGUGACAGUUCCCUGCACGCGGUGGCGGCAGCCACCGAAGGAGCACGGGUGUCGGGCGGAACGCCGGAGACGGGAUCGACAAAACCAUGGGAGACGCUCUGAGCCCUGAAGAGAAGCUGCACCUUAUCACCCGGAACCUACAGGAGGUUCUUGGGGAAGAAAAGCUGAAGGAGAUCCUAAAGGAGCGGGAACUUAAAGUUUACUGGGGGACGGCAACCACAGGCAAGCCCCAUGUGGCUUACUUCGUGCCUAUGUCCAAGAUCGCGGACUUCCUGAAAGCAGGAUGUGAGGUAACAAUUCUAUUUGCGGAUCUUCACGCAUACCUGGAUAACAUGAAAGCCCCAUGGGAACUUCUAGAACUCCGAACCAGCUACUAUGAGAAUGUGAUCAAGGCGAUGCUAGAGAGCAUUGGGGUGCCCUUGGAGAAGCUCAAGUUCAUCAAAGGCACUGAUUACCAGCUCAGCAAAGAGUACACGCUAGAUGUGUAUCGCCUCUCCUCCGUGGUCACUCAGCACGACGCCAAGAAGGCUGGAGCGGAGGUGGUCAAGCAGGUGGAGCACCCCCUGUUGAGCGGCCUGCUGUAUCCAGGGCUGCAGGCCUUGGAUGAAGAAUAUUUGAAAGUGGAUGCCCAAUUUGGAGGCGUUGAUCAGAGAAAGAUUUUCACCUUUGCAGAGAAGUACCUCCCUGCGCUUGGCUACUCAAAACGGGUCCAUCUGAUGAAUCCUAUGGUUCCCGGAUUAACUGGCAGCAAAAUGAGCUCUUCAGAAGAGGAGUCCAAGAUUGAUCUCCUUGAUCGGAAAGAGGAUGUGAAGAAAAAACUGAAGAAGGCCUUCUGUGAGCCAGGGAACGUGGACAACAAUGGCGUCCUGUCCUUCAUCAAGCAUGUCCUCUUUCCCCUCAAGUCUGAGUUUGUGAUCCUUCGAGAUGAAAAAUGGGGUGGAAACAAAACCUACACAGCUUACUCGGACCUGGAAAAGGACUUUGCUGAUGAGGUUGUACACCCUGGAGACCUAAAGAAUUCUGUUGAAGUCGCCUUGAACAAGUUGCUGGAUCCCAUCCGGGAAAAGUUUAAUACCCCUGCUCUAAAGAAACUGUCCAACGCUGCCUACCCAGAUCCCUCCAAGCAGAAGCCAGUCGCCAAAGGCCCUGCCAAGAAUUCGGAACCAGAGGAGGUCAUCCCCUCCCGGCUGGACAUCCGCGUGGGGAGAGUCAUUAGUGUGGACAAGCACCCGGAUGCAGACAGCCUGUAUGUGGAGAAGGUUGACGUGGGGGAAGCCGAGCCUCGGACUGUGGUGAGCGGCCUGGUGCAGUUUGUGCCCAAGGAGGACCUGCAGGACAGGCUGGUGGUGGUGCUGUGCAAUCUGAAACCCCAGAAGAUGAGAGGAAUCGAGUCCCAAGGCAUGCUUCUGUGUGCUUCUGUGGAAGGGGUAAGCCGCAAGGUUGAGCCUCUGGACCCUCCUGCAGGCUCAGCUCCUGGGGAGCGAGUGUUUGUGAAGGGCUAUGAGAAGGGCCAACCAGAUGAGGAGCUUAAGCCCAAGAAGAAAGUCUUUGAGAAGCUGCAGGCUGACUUUAAAAUUUCUGAGGAGUGCAUCGCACAGUGGAAGCAAACCAACUUCAUGACCAAGCUGGGGUCCAUCUCCUGUAAAUCGCUGAAGGGAGGGAACAUCAGCUAGCCAACCCUGCGUCAUCCUCCCUUCUCCCAUCAUCCCGAGUCAUCUGCCGUCUCCCUAAUUUGCUCCAUCCAUCCAUCACCCGUUUACCCAUCUCUCAGGACACUGAAGCAGAAAGUUUGGGACUCUGAUAGGGGCAGGACUCAGUAAGGGGCAGCUCAGCCUCCCCAGAAUCCAGGAUCAUCCUGUCUGCCUGCAGGGAGAGGCUGGCCUGCCAAGUAGUGAUGAGGGCAGGGGAGCACGGGAGUCCAGCUCUGCCUUCUACCCCUGGCAGCUGACCUGAGAAAUCUGGUUUCAAUAUAAUAAUGUAACUCAAAAAGUUUAUGCCACAGUCCUUCUAAUUGGAAAAAUAUCGGUUGCCAGUUUUCCUAGAGUUCUCCCAGCAGCUGUGCCUCUGGCUGGGAGCUGUGCCUGUACUGGGCUAAUUACAGCCUCUCCCCAACAGGAAACUGUGGGAUUUGAAAAGGAAAGGGAAGGGAAAACAGAGAACCUAGUGGUCUACCAAGUGGUUGGCAGCUUUCCCCAGUGCCUGCCAGCCCUGAGGCUUUGCUCCUGGAAUUUUCCUUGAUCCUGCUGGGUGGGGACCCUCCCUAAACCAGCUGUGUGUUGUUAACAUCAGAAUUAGGGUGGGUGGCACAGCCUGGGUUUUCUUAGGGAGGGUGGGGGUACUUCUCCAUCAAUCAGAACCACUAAGCAUCACUGUCAUAAAUUCAAAUAAAACGUCUGAACAAGGA